CUUUUUUUCUUGUGGAUGAGAUUAUCAUUUUUCUCAAGUUUUGCUUUAGGUGUUGGUAGGGAACUUUGUAGCGCUCGGAUCAAUGGACUAUUCGAUAGAUUUAUGGGAUCUUGACCUUGUAUGUGAAUGGUGUGCAACCUUGUGUACAACUGGGAAAAAUAGCCGGACAGGUUCAGCUAAGGGCUUAAACAUUCUGGAGAUGGAUAUGGUAGACAGACUAAAUACUGACCAGAGUGUUCUCCAUGAUAUGGUAAGGGACAACAAGCUGAUAUAUCAAGACAAGGCUAGGCUUAAACAGCACUUGAGAUGCUCAGGACAAGCAAGAACCUCGAAGAUACUCUCCACGAAUAACAAUACCUUUCUUUGUAUUACACGGAGAAGCAGAUAUAGUGACAGAUCCAGAGAUAAGGAAAGCCCUGAUCAGUCUAGCAGUGGUAACCUAGGACCAAGGCAAAGGGCUGCUGCUUUAGCUGCCUUGACUUCUGCAUUUAAUUCUUCUUCCGGGAAAACAAGCUCUCCGGAGUUGCAAACAUUAUGGGAGAAAGAGGAGUCGAAGAAAAUUUCCUCUGUUUUUCAUUUUGAUGGUCCUCAGUUUUGGGAACCUCAGUUGUUACAUGAACUCUCUCUUGUAUGCUCAUGUGAUCCAGGAUCAUAUGAUAGCUUUGGAGCAGCUCCGGCUCCUAUAUUUGAGGGUACUAGGAUUGAUUUCUCAAGGUAUGCUCCUAUAUUUGAGGAUAAAGAACCUCCACAAUUUGUUGCACUUUUCAACAUAUGGUUGUCCUUAAGAAAGGUUCUUCAUCAAACGGAAUCAGUUGCACUUAUUAAAGUAUCUGGAACUGGAGUUCACAAUAGUAAGGCACUACAAGUUGAAGCGAAUCUGAAAAGGAUGCCUGUGAUCAUCUUUUUUCUUGCUAAGUCAGCCCAUGAUUACUGUCAAGCACCCAAAAGAGGGAACAUAGAGCGCUCAUCCUUUUGGUUUGCAAUUGGGGGAAAACAGAACUUCACCAGCAAGAAGGUUUACUCCGAGACUGUCAGGGAUUCUCACUUGGUCUCCUUUUCCUUGAACAAAGGGAACUUUGUAGCGCUCGGAUCAAUGGACUAUUCGAUAGAUUUAUGGGAUCUUGACCUUGUAUGUGAAUGGUGUGCAACCUUGUGUACAACUGGGAAAAAUAGCCGGACAGGUUCAGCUAAGGGCUUAAACAUUCUGGAGAUGGAUAUGGUAGACAGACUAAAUACUGACCAGAGUGUUCUCCAUGAUAUGGUAAGGGACAACAAGCUGAUAUAUCAAGACAAGGCUAGGCUUAAACAGCACUUGAGAUGCUCAGGACAAGCAAGAACCUCGAAGAUACUCUCCACGAAUAACAAUACCUUUCUUUGUAUUACACGGAGAAGCAGAUAUAGUGACAGAUCCAAAGAUAAGGAAAGCCCUGAUCAGUCUAGCAGUGGUAACCUAGGACCAAGGCAAAGGGCUGCUGCUUUAGCUGCCUUGACUUCUGCAUUUAAUUCUUCUUCCGGGAAAACAAGCUCUCCGGAAAACAGAUACAUAGUUCUGGCUGGUUCCCUGAACGGCUUGUCUCCAAAAGUUCCAUUAUACGAAACCACAGAGGGAAAUGAGCCAUGCUUCUUCACCACUUAUUUUUCAUGGUAUUCUACUAAAGCUACUGUAAGGUGCAAGGGAAUUCCUUCCAGAAGAAGGCAGCAUUAUUACUUGGAUCAGACUAGAAGUGGUAACCAAGGACCAAGGCAAAGGGCUGCUGCUCUAGCUGCCUUGACUUCUGCAUAUUAUUCUUCUUCCGGGAAAGAAGCUCUUCGGUACAGAACGUAAAUCUAAUUAGAGACUUGAUUUUGCUAGUUGCUUUUUACUAUGACAUGUUUAGCAAAUCACAUCUACUAGUGUCCCAUGUUCUUGAUCUGUUGACUUAGAAGUUCUUUGCUUUAACUGAAGGAGCUGAAGAUUUAUCAACACUUCUUCAUGUUGUGUCUUGGAUGAGAAGAGAGGAAGCUGGCCCAAUAAAUAUCCUUUAUUCCU